CGGAGGGGCUGCUCUUUAUGUCCGGACGCUUUGAUUAGGGAAAACAGACCUUAACGCACAUUUUUUAAGCGGCCUCGUUAUUUGGGGAAAAAGCCACGAUUGGAGGCCGCCUUGUUAAACUCGCGUUAAGAUUCGUUCCUCCGUUUGAAUGGGUGGGGUUCGCAGUGCGAGCGCUGUAGUGGAGUGGAGUUUUCCAAGCGGGUGCUCAGCUGACCGGUGAAGAAGUCUAGAUUCCCAACCCGGGAGGUGCCUGCGAGACCGCCGCCGGGUGAGUGUGAAGCGGGGCGGGCAGGGGGGAGGUGCCUGUGGAGUAGGUGGAGUUCUCUCGCGUGUGUCGGGAGAGUCAGCUGGACGAGGACUCUGUGGACGCUGCGUGUCUUCAACGGGAAUGUUGACCGCAGGAGACUGAGCAACAAGAGUUCAGCUGCAACGUUACAUUUAGUAGCGCGCUAAAUCGCGAGGAAAAAAGGACUGUCUGCUUUCGUUUUGCUCCGCACACGGACGGACUUCAAGGAUCUUGUUGCAACUGUCAGAAGUGAAUGUGAUAUCAGCAAGAGAGAGAAUAUAAACACUUCUAACAUGGCUGUGGCCGGAUGUCCGGAUUAUUUUCUACACCAUCCAAAUUAUCAGCAGGACAAUGUAGACCGGGCCUCCAGUCACAGACCAGCGGAUCUAAUUGGGCCAAGUUUCCAGCAGCCGUCCAAUCGGAACUCUCCCAACCAUCAAGAAGAUGAUGUAGACCUUGAGGCCUUGGUGAACGACAUGAACUCCUCCUUCGAGAGUCUGUAUUCAGCGUGCAGCGUGCAGUCGGAAUCCGUGCCCCUCCUGCAGAACGGUCAGCCGCAGCGCGCCGCCCCGCCCUGCCCGGGCCCCGCCCCGCCCUGCCCGGGCCCCGCCCUGCUGCAGCCCACGUCUCCCUGGCAGAAGGUUCGACGUUCGCAGCCCAUGCACAUCCUUGCGGUGAGGAGACUCCAGGAGGAGCAGCAGCAGCUGCGGACCUCAUCUCUGCCUGCGAUCCCAAACCCUUUUCCAGAGCUAUGCAGCCCGGCCAGUUCCCCUGUGCUCGGCCCAGGCUCGUUGCCUCAGUGUCAGCCCUCCGGCAAGCACAUUAUUAAAAUUUUCAGUGAGGAUGGUACACGGAAAGUUGUGGAAAUCCCAGCUGACAUGACGGCGCGGGACCUGUGUCAGCUGCUGGUGUAUAAGAGCCACUGCCUGAACGACAACAGCUGGGCUUUGGUGGAGCACCAUCCUGUCCUGGGGCUAGAGAGAUGUCUUGAAGACCACGAGAUAGUGGCCCACGUUCAAGCAUCAAUGACCGGCGAGAGCAGGUUUCUCUUCAGGAAGAACUACGCCAAAUAUGAAUUCUUUACAAAUCCCCUGAACUUCUUCCCAGAGCAGAUGAUCACGUGGUGCCAGGAAACCAACAGCACAAUCCCCCCUUCACAGCUCUUACAGAACUUUCUGAACUCCAACAGUUGUCCUGAAAUUCAGGGAUUUCUGUAUGUGAAGGAGAUGGGCAGGAAGUCCUGGAAGAAGUUGUACGUGUUUUUAAGACGCUCGGGACUGUACUUCUCAACAAAAGGAACAUCUAAGGAGCCCAGACAUCUGCAGUUACUCUCAGACCUGGAGGACAGCAACAUCUUCACUGUGAUAACUGGCAAGAAGCUGCACGGUGCACCCACAGACUAUGAGUUCUGUAUUAAGCCCAACAAGGUGCGGAACGAGGGGAAGGAGCUGAGGAUGCUGUGUGCGGAGGAUGAACAGAGCCGGACCUGCUGGAUGACUGCCUUCCGACUCUUCAAGUAUGGAAUUUUGCUCUAUCAGAACUACAAGAUCCCCCAGCAGAGAAAGACACUGCUGUCCCAUUUCUCAACACCAGUGCGGAGUGUCUCAGAGAACUCUCUGGUUGCCAUGGAUUUCUCAGGGAGAAUAGGGCGGGUGAUUGCCAACCCUGUGGAAGCUCAGAGUGCGGCCAUGGAGGAGGGACAUGCCUGGAGAAAGCGAAGUCAGAGAAUGAACAUCCUUGGUAGUCCCAGUCCACUCCACACAUCCUCUCUCAGCACAGUGAUACACAGAACACAGUUGUGGUUUCAUGGACGAAUCACAAGAGAAGAGUCCCACAGGAUGGUCAUGCAGCAGGGCCAGGUGGAUGGGUUAUUCCUCCUGAGGGACAGCCAGAGUAAUCCGAAGGCAUUUGUACUCACACUGUGCCAUCACCAGAAAAUCAAACAUUUCCAGAUUUUACCAUGUGAAGAGGAUGGGCAGAUGUUCUUUAGUCUUGACGAUGGAUCCACCAAAUUCACCGACUUGAUCCAGCUUGUGGAGUUUUAUCAGCUCAACAGAGGAGUUCUGCCCUGCAGACUGAAACACCCCUGCACCAUAGUGGCCUUAUGACCUUCAGCCUGACUUUGCCUAAAAACAGACAGACAGCAAACUGGAUAUUUUGUUUUGUUUUGUUUUAGUGUUGUUCUUUCUCCUUUUUUUUUGGAAAAGCUGACAUGUCCUGUCUUCUGGUGAUACAUGGUGGGGACCUGCCUGUAGACUUGAGGGGGAGGGGCCAGGUGGGGAGGGGCCA